ACGAGGUAUUCUUACAAAACUCACGGUAGGAAUUUCUCGUGGGAGAUGUGUACCCAUCAGCCCCCGUUCUGUGCCGUACACUUUGUAGGGUUUGAAGUCGGGUCUCUCUCUCUCUCUCUUUUUCUAGCAUACAUUCUUUUUUAAAAAUAAACCGUCGAGAGAAAUCUAAUGUGGCAUGGCUGACUUCAAAAAUAGAAUAUAUUUUAAAAUAGAGGGGGCGAAGAGAGAGAGAGAGAGAGAGAGAGAGAGACGGAAACAUGUCACAUGGGCUGAUUAAGGGAGCUCAGAUAGUUUUAAUCCAGUAGAGUUUAAGUUAUGAAUGGUGUACACUGUGUGAUGUGACGUAGUCAGGAGAGGCGUACAUCUCAUGCAGAGGAUUUCUCGUAAAUUGGAAUCAUUAGUCGCAGCUUGCUGGUGCAUGGAGACAUGACUCUACAGAGGUACUCACGUUGGUGGGUGGAUGUGUGAAAUGGUUUCUGGUGCUAGUGUGGCUUUGUGCCAGUGUAUAACUUUAAAUUCAUGUUCUUUCGGAUGUGUCUGAAUUUUAUGAUAAGCUACAUUGCUGUACGAAUCACUAAUAGUAAAAUGUUUGAUGCUCCAUUCGAGUUCUGAGUUCUGUCCAAAGUUCGUGAAACUAGUUCAGGCUGAAUAUAAGAUGAAAAGAAUCAAUUUAUAUAUAAAAAAAUUAUAUUGAAUUGAUAUUUCGUGCAUUACGUUGAAUAUUUAAGAUCUUUUAGUUUUAAUUAUAUUUAUAUAAUCCAGAGCUAACUUAUUUUUAAAUUUAUAUUUAUAUAAUUACCCCCCCCCCUUGUAAAUGUUUAUAUAUCUGUAAUUACAUCCCCUUGAAAUUGUCAAACGAAAUAAUCUAUAAUUUACAUUUUGCUUCUGGUGUGUCCUGCUUCCGUUUCGAAAUCACUCUCCCCCCAAAUACACAUGUUUUAUAUUAAUAGUACUGAGUGAAAAAUAAGGCUGUCAUGCGUUACUUGUGAACUCAGGUAAAUUAUUUUUCAUUAGGAGGAAGUGACUAUUAUAUAAAUCAAUAAAGAGCCACUGGUAUGGUUUAGGACUGCCCGUAGGCCUAUUGUUUAAAGGCGGCAGGUAGGGUGUAGGACUGUCUGUAGGCCUAUUGUUUAAAGGCCGGCAGGUAGGGUGUAGGACUCCCUGUAGGCCUAUUGUUUAAAGGCCGGCAGGUAGGGUGUAUGACUGCCUGUAGGCCUAUUGUUUAAAGACCGGCAGGUAGGGUGUAGGACUCCCUGUAGGCCUAUUGUUUAAAGGCUGGCAGGUAGGGUGUAGGACUGCCUGUAGGCCUAUUGUUUAAAGGCUGGCAGGUAGGGUGUAGGACUGCCUGUAGGCCUAUUGUUUAAAGGCUGGCAGGUAGGGUGUAGGACUGCCUGUAGGCCUAUUGUUUAAAGGCCGGCAGGUAGGGUGUAGGACUGCCUGUAGGCCUAUUGUUUAAAGACCGGCAGGUAGGGUGUAGGACUGCCUGUAGGCCUAUUGUUUAAAGGCUGGCAGGUAGGGUGUAGGACUGUCUGUAGGCCUAUUGUUUAAAGGCUGGCAGGUAGGGUGUAGGACUCCCUGUAGGCCUAUAUCUCAAAAUACGCGGAACCAGUGUCAAACAACUGCACCCGCUCAAGCCCUCGUUGUAAUUAUUUUGUUAGGAAGGGCAUAACGAGUUUCUAUCAAUAGUUAUGGAAUGCUGAAAAAUAUGGGAUACAAAGUAACAGUGAAGGGACACAUAAAAGUGGUGCAUUAAGUUUUUUUGGCGCCCUAGAUGGUCCUUGGGUUUACCAGCCCUCACUCACAAUAUCCACAAACAAUGCCAACUCUAUAUCCAACUAACACCAUAGCAUACCAUUGUGCUGAUUUCUUUGCCAACAUUUUGCUGGUGACUUGUUUUAUUCUGCUAUUCGAAAAAAAAAAUGUUUGUUGGGGUGGAUUGAAAACGUCACCCUCCCCUCAGGAGCGUUUGAAGGGGUGCGGGGGGGGGAAUGCCCUUUAUAUGGAGGGCGGCAAUUUUGACCCAACCCAGUUUUUUUUUUAGUGAAAGAGGCGGCAGAUGUCUUGGCCCACACCAGGCAGCACCAACCCUAGCUACGCCACUGCACAACCACCUUAAAAAUAAUAAUAAAUUUUGCAUCUUGUGACAGACUGCCCCAUAACCUAUGACAACAGAAAUAACCUUAAAAGAACUAUGGGCCGUUUGCCAUGAUAUUAUAUAUAAUAGAAUGUCUUGCUUGACCUUAGUUAUAUGUGCUUUGGGCUUUUAACCGAAUAAUCGAAUCAAAUUUAUAACAAAUAAAAUUCGAGUCUGAGCUAAGUACUGUAAUAUAUGUGUCAUUCUGCAAGUGUUUAAAAUGUGGGCACAGUGUAUUUAACUAUUUGCAAAACAACCGUUAGUCUAAGAUCAGUGAUAAGAACUCAUGAUUCAAAAGAGCCGAAAAUCAGCAGCAGAUCGAUUAAAAUUUGUUUGAGAGCCAGAUUUCUUUUCAAGAACCUGUCAAGAACCAUGUCUUUAGAGUCAAACCCGAUUUGUGGCCGACUGGCCGAGUCGCACUCAGGUCGCUAAAGAGCCGCAUGCGGCUCGCCAGCCGCGGUUAGCCGACCACCGGCCUAAGAAUGUUUAAGAACUCCAUAAGCCACGUCUAAGCCGAAUAUGCGAGCCAUCUACUGUAACCAUUGACACGGAUUCUCUUCCUUUUAUAACAGUCCCAUAGAGAUAUAUCCUUAAUAUGAUCACGAAGAUCUUAAUCUCCCAUGAAGAGCUUGCAUAUCUCAAGCCACAUAAAUACACCGCCAAAGUGGAAGAGCUUCCCCCACACCUGGGUGUUAUUAACCAACCGUUGUUAUUUCUACCUGGAUGUUAUUAACCAACCCUUGUUAUUUCUACCUUCUUUCAGUUCACCUACCAGGUAGAUUAUUCUCAACGUAUCUCAGCUGACGUACGGUACUCACGGACCUGGUGCUAGGUGACGUAACUCCUGGAGGACUGCUCGCCGUCUGGUUUGACUUGUUAGUUAUUUACUUCAGUCUGUUUCUAGUGUGGAAUAUCUGCACAGUGACUGUUAGAAACAACGCUUCUAAAUCCCGCCGUUACCUUAAACCACCACCAUUGGUCUGGGGCCAGAUGUCUAUUUCAUCACAGGUGGAGUUGAAAUCAGGAUUUAUCCUACCAGCACUGACGUUGGUAUACACAGGAAACGCUAGCCGUGUUGAGCGGAUGAACAUAUUUCUAUUACUGCCUGGAUAACACAUUUUAGUAACACAAAUUUAGCCAACCUAGCAUUGUUGUGCAUUCUAGUAACAUUCAAUGACUCACAGUUUUAACAAGUUACAAAGUCUAAUGUGAUUAUCUCCUAGCGAAGCCUACCGCAAACAAAAUUUCUAAUUUCUUCGAUAAGACUCAUACUAGAUGUGUUUGUAAUUUAUACAUAAAUAAAUCACACUCUCGCCGAGAUUUAAAUUCAGCAAUGACUGAGCGUCCCACGUUACAAAAUGGCUACCUUGGAGCCCAGCCCCUCUUCAAAGAAAUCGGGUUGUCCACGAAGACCCACCCCGAGCCCGAGUUCGAAACAAGCGAAAACGAAUUCGUCAUCAAGCUGAAAGCCAGCCAGCCGGUCAAGAUCACCAGCAAGGUGGUCAGCGAGGUCACUGGUGCGGAAUCCCAAGAGCGUGUCUUCAUUCAAACCCGUGCGGAUGACAUUAACCUUCUGAUCAGUCUGGACAAGACCGGCUACCACAGGCUCCAGGUUUACGCACUCCCGUCUUCCGACAGCAACAAACAGCUGCCGGGGGUUUUCAACUAUCUCAUUCAUUGUACCGGAACUCCCCGGAAAUCGCGCUUAUUCCCCAAACAGUUCGCCCAAUGGAGAGACGGAUGCGUGCUUCUCGAACCGUUCUCAUUGGCUGGGGAUCACGUGAAGGGUGACGUCAUGUUUCGCGUGGUUGUCCCCCAAGCCCACGCCGUAGCCGUUACUACGGGUGACGAGUGGACACAUCUGGAGCCUGGUGACAAUGGUAUCUGGACUGGCCGCGUCAGUGGGAUAGAGAAGUACAAAGGUAAAGGACUUCACGCCGUGCUCAAUGCUAACUUUAGCGAAGACGAAGAAACCAAGUACUCAUCCCUGCUGCAGUACACUCUAUAAAGUUAGAGGAUAUAGUAUUGUGUAGCUUUUAAUGUGCGAUGAAACGGCUUGGCUUCUGUUUUGGAGAAGAUAUUCCUCGUCUGUUUAAACGAAUUUAUGUGAAAAUGGACGUCAACGUGCAUUUUAUAGCCAUCCAUUAUUUAAAAAAAUUAAAAAUAAUGAAGUUAACUUGAUGUGGUAAAGAAGAAAAAGACUCAAUUCAAGAAAUUCUACUACUUUGCUUCUUCUGAGAAACACAAUUACAAAUUUCGUGUUAUCAAAUUUUUUUGAAAACCAUGGAGUGAAGCAAUGAGAACUAAUUAAUUGUACAUUUUAGUUGUUAUAAAUUCUUCCAUUAAAUGGUUUUCUUGCAAGUUACCUCAUUAUCAUGUUAUUCUAUCCAUUUAAAUCUUUAGGUCUAACUAACUUUAGGGCAUGCCUUUAAAAAAAAAAACUUGCAGAUGAAAUCAAAUUUAUUAAAUAUAUCUUAUUCCCCCGCUACGUAACGUUUUCGAAAGAUUUGACAUUUUUUUGCCCGUGUUUCUUUGACAAGGAUGGAUGCUGCUAGUUGAUUGAUUCACUGACGCUUUGAAAAUUGUUACUACAUCUAAUGUUUUUUGCAUCUGUCUUUCAUAUAUCCACUCUUACUUUACAAGACUAUACAACAGUGAUUUGUAUGAAAUAGCUUAAUUAUAGGUUUCAUCAUUUCAUUUUUUACAUUAUUUUUUUUAGUCUCCGAGUUGUUGUGAGGUAUCACUCUAAAAACUAGGUAAAUUAGUUAUACCUCUGUUAUACUCUUAAAUUUUAACUGGACCUGGCGGACAUGGAUUACUAAGAGUUUCGGAAAAGUUGUCCACCAUAGAGCUGACCUAGAACUAAUAGAAAGUUUAAAAUGAAAUUUAAAUUUAUGUCGCUAUUGGAACAACUGGAACCAACUACUUAGAUCAUGCUUCAGUAAAUUCAAUGCAUAUGAAUCUAUUUUUAACGAAAUAGAAUUGGCCUGGUGCUAUUGAUGUUGUGUUUAAAGCUAUGUAAUCGGGUCCUAAUCUGUUGAAUAAAGCUCUUUUUCCAACCAGCU